AUGGAGUGGGAGAGCGUCCUUCGGCUGUCUCCCUUACCUGAAUCCACCCAGCUUGUUGUCGGCUAUGGUGAACCCGUGCGGCGCACAGAGAUGAUCAAAUCUAAAAUGAAAAUUAGCAGCCCUAGUGGCAGGAUCUUGGUUGACUUUGGGCAGAAUCUGGUUGAACACCUGCGUCUCGGGGAAUCAAAGGUCCACGUGGCCACAAAACCACUCUUUGCCAUGCUGAAGACUUGGAACAUGGGGAGCUGGGAAGCCCCCUACGGUUCUGCGAAGCAUCAGACGCGGACUUACGAGACACAGUUCACCUUUCAUGAUUUCAGAUAUGCCCAGCUUCAUGGCUUGGAGGGUGAGUUAGAUCUAGCCUCUGUCGAAGCUGUCGUUUGCCAUGCCGACAUGACGCGCACCGGUGAAUUUUCCUGCUCGUUCCCAUUACUCAAUCCUGUUUAG